GCUUUCAAAUUUUGCUUAUAAUUCUUUUUAAUAAUUUAUUGCACAAUAUAUACAACAUUCAUUCUCCAAUGUUCCACUUGGUGAUUCAUUACAUUAUUCGACUAUAUUAAUGUGCUACAACGUUUAUUAUCAAGUAGUAACUAAUACAACGCUGUACCAACAGUAUUCAUCAGUUCGCCUUAUAUCUAAGAUUAGUUGUUUUUGUGUGCUGGAAUAGAAGUGACGAUUGCUGACUUCAAAAUGGAUGACCAAGUACAAUACAAAGUUUACACCUUCUGGAAAGAAGGUGAUACAAGGCCUGAAGUAAGAAGGUUUGGUAUUGAGAGGAGUGUCAUCACCAAUUUUCAUUAUUUGAAUGCUAAACUUCAGGAUGUAUUCACUGGACUUAGGACGAAGAGUUACACUGUGGCUUGGAAAGAUGAAGAGGAUGACGAUAUCACCAUCUCUUCUGAUGAAGAGAUGAUGGCUGCUCUAACAUCUAUGUUUGAGAGUCAUCAACCAAUAAAACUGUAUGUUUACUGUAAAGAUGAUGUCAGGGAUGAUGAUGAUGAAUGUGAGAUUGUCAUUUCGGCUGUACCUGACACUGGAAAUGCGCCAGCCGGGACUAGCAAUGAAGGUCAGCAUUAUGGCGUAACUUGUGACGGAUGUGAUGGGCCUGUUAUUGGUUUCCGCUACAAGUGUAUUUCUUGCGAUGAUUACGAUCUCUGUUCGCGCUGCGAAGGAUCGGGCCUGCACCGCGAACACUGCAUGUUGCGUGUUCCCAUGCCUACUUUGCCGCGUACACUUAUUAAAGCAGCAAUUAAGAGAUCUCGCCACUUCUUGAAGUCUGUGGUGGGUCCAGGUGCCGAAGAAUGUGUUCGCAAGAAGCACAGACAUGAUAAGAGUGACGAUAAGAAACGCAGAGAUGAACGUAAUAACGAUGAUCGCAAUCAGCAACAAGAGCAAGGCGACAGUCACCGCCAAGGUGAUUAUCAUCGUCGUGGUGAUCGCCAUUAUCGCCGUCCACGUUCGAGUUGGUUGGAAACCUUCGCAACCUACAUGAAUGAGUUCGCAAAUCUGGCUGGCGACGUUGACUUACUGGGUGAUAAUAAUACUUCAGCCCAGAAAUCUUCCCAGACAAGUUCUCAGGCGCAACCAGAAAAACAAGAACAGCCCAAAACGGCUAACGAAAGUUCUGAGUCUCCCAAACAGCCAGAGGCAAGUGGUUCGGAAAAUACACAAGCCUUUGUACCACCGCAGUGUCCUUUCAUGCCGGAAAACUUCAACCCUCAGGACAUAUCUAAACUCAUUCAAAUGUAUAUGAGUGGACAAUUAAAUUUGGUUGAUUUUCUAACGAAUCCACAACCUGCGACAAAUUCCAAUGAUGUUGAGAUGGAAGCAAGAUCCGACGAUAAGGGACCAGAGGCAGAUAAAGUUAACGGUUCUAAUGUACCAACCUCUGCCAACCAACCAACUACAUCUGCAACUACUGAAGAGCCUAAUAGAGAUGCUUCCCCAGAUAAGGCUGAUGGCUGGACUGUUAUUAAUAAAGAAAAAGAUUUAUUGGAUGAAGUGAAUGCUCCACUUGAACCUACUGUAAAUGUGGCGGCUCCGAUUGGGUUCAACUUGCCUGCAGAGUUCCAGCAACAUGUUAAGAUCACCGAUGGUACAAAUCUGUACCCACCAUUGAACUCUGCAACUGCUGUGUUGAAUCCCAAAGAGGCAGAAGUCAAUGUUGCGCAACCUUCGGCUCCAAUUGAACCACAGGCAAAAGCGGCUGCCACAUCAACCGCAGCACAGCCUGCUCCAGCAAAGCCAGCUCAAACCCCGGCACCGAAACCUCGACAGCGCCACCCUAUACCUCAUAUUGAAGCAGCAAUUGCAUGCAUGGUUGGUAUGGGUUUCCCAGCUGAGGCUUGGCUGAUUCAACUCAUUGAAAGCAAGGAUGGCAACAUACCUGCUGUUUUGGACCUGAUGACACCUAAUCCGAAGUAAAUGUUAUAUACUUGCUAAAGAUGGCAGUAGUUUAAGAUUGUAUACUACAUUAGUUUAUUAUUACCACAAUAACAAUGUUAAUUUUAAUGUAAAUCUCUUUCCACUUUGUGAUGGCGUCUAGAGGGUACCGUGUGUAGGUAGAUCUGACAGUACAAAUUGUUAACAAAGUGUUCCAUGUCCAAAUAAUUGAAAACCACCCAACCUCACAAUGCAGUACUGAAAUUAAUAUGAAAGAUAUGCAUUUAUUUUCUGUGCAGAAUAUGCUUUUAUUUCGUGUUUUAGUUUGUUAUUGUCAGUGGUGAUUAGUGACCGAACGUUAGUCAGAAAAAUUACGUUUGUAAAUAAUGAUUGUUAGUAAUCAGGAAUUGAACGUAAUUGUUUUGUUUAUGAUAAUAAAUAAGAAUAAUGCACUCUUACAUAAUUUUAAAAUAUAUGCUCAUAUUUUUGCUAUCAUAUAAAUAACGGCCUAUAAAAUUAAACAUAUAUAGAUAUAACAGAAAGAGUAUAAUGACCUAAAUCCAAGCAACAAAUUAAAUUUCUUUUUGAAUUCCUUCGUGGACAUUGUUCUUAAAUUUCAGGAUAAAUUUAUCGUUAUAUCUUUUAUGA